AUGGAGCUGCUGAAAGCAAAGCAUUCUGGGAUACCUCCGACGCUGAGAGACGACCGACUCAGUGACGAGAAAGCUUUUGGAGGGAUCUCCCAGCGACUGGACCUCCGUGCGCGGCUGCAGUGCAAGAGCUUCUCGUGGUAUUUGAAGAACGUUUAUCCAGAAGUCUUCAUGCCUGAUCUCAACCCACUCCGCUUUGGCUCAGUGAAAAAUGUCGGCAAGGACUCCUGUCUGGAUGUUGGAGAGAACAAUGAGGGUGGGAAACAGCUGAUCAUGUACCCGUGUCACGGACUAGGAGGAAACCAGUAUUUUGAGUUCUCCACACGUCAUGAGAUUAGGCACAACAUUCAAAAGGAGCUGUGUUUGCACGGGGCCGAGGGGACUGUGAAGCUGGAGGACUGCCAGUACAAAGGCGGAAAAACAUUAUUGGGAGCAGAGCAAAAAUGGGAACUAAAGGAUAACCAGUUAUUCUACAUGCCAGGAGGGAGCAUGUGUCUGAGUGCCCGUCACGAGCAUCCCUCUCUGGCCCUCUGCAACCCAUCGGACAGAUACCAGCUCUGGACCUUCGUCUGAGUGAACUACCACUUUCGAAUUAUCCCUGGAUUCAUAGACGUACUAGGACAUGAGUAUACUAUACUGUAUGCGGUUAACAUGCAGUUUUUAUUAGAUUAAUGGCAAUGAGUUUAAUUUAUUUUUAUACAUAGAAGAACUGAACUGCUGCAGCUGGGAGGUUUGAACUUUGGCAGAAACCACUGUGUGCCACUGCUGGAAAGAAGCAUUGAAAUGCUUCCAAUCAGACUGUGAACGGAGAUGCUUGAAAGAAGGAAGAUGUGCUGUGCUGACAAGUGCCUUCUUUGGGUUUAGGAUGUAUUCACUACUCCAAGUCUUUGUAACGAACACAUGCAUUAUGAGGUAUUUAAGGCCAACGAGUUAGGGUUAGGGUUAGCAACAUGAAUCUAAAAAGUAUCUUUACAAAAAUACAGUAAAUGAUGUGUAUUAUAAACGAGGAGUUCAAGUUGGACAAACAAAAAUCCCAUCAUGUUUUGCACCAAAGAGAUUGGAAGCAAAAACCUGAGAAUCACAAAAGUGCAUUGUUGCCUUUUUAACUUGCAAAACCUCUUAUUUGCGACCAUCCAGUGCCUUAAAUGUAACUCUAUACUGUGAGUGGAGGGGUGGAGGGAUGGAGGGAUGGGUGGUGGUGUGGGGACAGGGGCUGUUGUGCAGAAUGAUGUUUUGGGGGUUAUAAGAACAGAAACUUUUGCCAGAUGAAGAUUUUAUAGUUUCUCUACACUUAGUUUCACUCAAAUUACGCUAAAACAAAUACAACUUGUAAUGAAUCCUCCCUUCACUAAGUUUAUAAAAGGGUCCUAGUAAAUCUUAAUUGGAGACCGGAUUCAUUUUAGCUAAGUGUACCUGGAAAAACUGGCAUCCAUGUGUAGAGACAUAAAGAAUGAAGAACGAUCACGUGAAUGGACCUUUUUAAGAAAAAGUCAGCUGACCCUUGAACAUGAAUAUUGUGUUAAUUUGCCCCAUAACUAAAGUGAAAUUGACGUCAUUAUUGGUGAUUGAAGUCUAUUUCUGUUUGACCUGCAUCAAUGCUUUAUUAACUAUAUGCUAAUGAAGAAGAAUAAUAUCCCCCUAUUUAAUUGUGGCUGGUUUACCUGUAUUCUUUAAAAAAACAUACUUUGGUGUUACAAAAAAAUGAUUUUCAUGUGAAAGGAAUACACCAAAGGAUUUCCGUUGGUUGAUGAAAUGUCUGAAACUCUCCCUCUUCAUCUACAUUUGAGUCCAAUAAUGAAUUUCUGGUGCAGGCACUAGUGUUUAGAUGGCUUUGGAAUAUUGUAAAUAACUAUUAGAGACUGAGUGAAAAACAGAUUGAAUGUGUGUGUUUCCCUUGUAUGGAAACAGUCUAUUGUUUGCCCUGGUAUUAAGUGCUCUUAUUUUUAGGUCAAUAAAUUCAUUUGGUUAG